UGGUGCAUUUCGGUGCAGGAAGUGCUGUCUGUCUACGUGCCUUUCAUCUCGUACUAUCUCUCAUCCAGCCUACAUCAGCCGGGUUCACAUGAUGCUGCGCUAAGUGCAGUUAAGAACUUCACAGCAACAACAGGUACUUCAGAGUUUUUAAAAAUGUCUGGAUUUUUCCAAAUGUUGAGAAAGAAAAAGGAGCUGAUCCCUCUGAUAGGGUUCAUGGCUUUUGCAGCAGCAGGAGCCACUUCUGCUGCUGUCUACUUUCUAUUUACUAAAACUGAUGUUAUUUUGAAUAAGACCAAAAACCCAGAACCAUGGGAAAGAGUGGACCCAUCAAAACCCCAAAAGCUCAUCACUAUCAAUCAGCAGUGGAAACCAGUGGAGGAGCUGCAGCUGGUGAAGAGCAUCACCAAAUAAAAAGGGCAGGCAUCUCCUUGAAAGAUCCCCCAGUCUGACUACCUGCCUGCCCCCCAUCAGUCUAACAGAAUCCUUUCUGCACAAACUAGGAUGCUUUAAUACUCAGUGUGCGGAAAUGCUUCUGCUCCACUGGUGGGGUUUCACCCUGCUGUGUAGUGGCCCAGGUCAAGGACAUCCAUCCACAACAAUAGAAAACUAUGGUAAAAGAUACUCAUGCUGCCAUGACGUUGUAGGUGAAAGAAGACUAUCUUACUCUGAGUUUCUGUGAUUACUGCUAGAGAGAUUUAUUUUGAACAGGUUGUGUUGCAUUUCAUUUGACCCCUGUCAAGUUGGUCGUCACAGCAACGCAGAUGCUCUUACAGUAGAAGUGAAUGUACGAUAGUGUCUAAAUGUAAAACACACAACAUGUAAGUAAUGUACUGUACAGUGUCAAUAAAGUAUUAUUGUGAUCAUGUUUAA